AUGUCUUCCGCUCCUGUGGCUAUUUCUCCAAGUUCAGAACCAGCGGUAGCGCCGGCGACGGAGGCACCCCGACAGCUGGACGUGGUGGCAGCUGUGGGCGCCGCUGUGAGACUCCCUUGUCCUGCCCAAGCCUUCCCGCCACCCAUGCGCACGUGGUACAAAGACGGAUCACCAAUAGCCACAAUGAAUGAAGGUGUCUGGGAGGUUGGUGGUGACCUAGUGAUGAGCUCAGCGAGAUUGGUUGAUGCCGGGGAGUACCGCUGUGUGGUGAACAACUCGGUCGGUUCGAUCACCAUCUCAACGCGUCUGUCAGUCACCACACCUCUCACUCUCGUGAUGGAGCCAAUGAGGUUAACGCUCACCACGGGCCGUCCACUGCAGCUUCUAUGCAGAGUGACGGGCAGCCCGCUGGACCGCAUCACGUGGUACAAAAACGCCCGCCCCAUCAGGUACGUCACGGGCAGCCCGCUGGACCGCAUCACAGCCAUCAGGUACGUCACGGGCAGCCCGCUGGACCGCAUCACCUGGUACAAAGACGCCCGUGCCAUCAGGUGCGCGACUAACGAGCUCUUCCCUGCCACUGAUUGCCUUCCGUACACUGACUCCAGGUUCACCAUCUGCCAGAGACUUUGA